AUGAUUCAAAGGCAACAAACCCAGUACAACUGUCUUUGGAUUGUUAAUACGGAUCACUCGUUUGGAGGAACUUCUGAAUGGAGGGAGAGGAUUGCACGACUAGUCAACGAACCAGAACCUCGAUUUUUGCUCACUUCACUGAACAAGCCAGGCCUGGAUAUUCGAAGUAUUAUCAACUCCUUUUUUCUGGAUAUCUCGGAAAACUUCCAGUUUAGGAUUGAGAAGGACUUUCUCGGCGAUCGGGUCUCUCCCGGUACAACACCAAGUACGACGCUAGGGGAGGGAUACGGAGUGGAGGGGAAGUCGACCAAUAGGGAAGGUUCGAGUACAUUGUACGAAAUGAGCAAAUCAAACGAAACAAGUGGUUGGUACUCGGACGAUGAAGAGCAAGCAUGUGCAGAAUGGAGAGCCUGUUGGAGCACCAAUGUUCAGUGGCUUCGACGCCUCUGUUUCGGUUGUCGCCAAUUAUGGAAAUUCAUGGCGAGGAUGUUGGAAAAGGGGCAGGAGUGCACCGUCUAUCCUUCGACAGAAGAGCUUUGGAAACACACUGAAGUGAGACAUCGCGACAAAAUCCUAGCAUACCCGGGCGAGCUUCAGCAGUUUCGAGAAACGCUCGAGGAAGAUUCAGUAGUAAAGAGACCUUCCAAAGAUGAAUCCUUCCCCAGAAAACAUGCUCAGAUUGAUGGAGCGACGGAGGCCGAACGAUCUGUAUCCAAACAGCCGCUCAACGCUCCCCAACCUAGUCGAUCGCUUUCCGGCCUUCAAGCAUUAAGCCUGAGACCAAAUGAGGAUAUUACUAUGGAGGAUGAAGAAAUUACAACAGACCAACCGCGCAAGAGAGCUGCUGUAGGAGAUGGUAUAUCAGCAGGUUCAGCAUCGCCAUUCCGCGAAGCCUCGGAUUCUCCCCCGCCACGAAGAUCUUUAGCUCGACCAACCUCUGGACCAACUUCCACAUCAGAUACGGAAACUCGGCGACAGGCUACAAAGGGACAACUGUGGACCCCUGAUCAAGACUCGCCAUUCACAAGAUCAUCCUUUGAUCCCUCCAACAUUACUUCUAUACAAACCUCAAAGUCUCGAGCUCAAGGCUUCAAACCAGCCAAUCGAAGACCUACAAAGACAUCUCCACCUCAAACCACACCCCGGUCAGCACCUCAAACAAUUCAGCAGCACCACCACCACCAUCAUCAUGCUCCGGCCAAUGCCCCAUCUGCAAUCUUGUCCAACAGGACAACCUCGGAAACUGAAUCAAGAUCCCAAAAUGUACCUUAUAGUAUUAUUCUUCAGUUAGAGGCAAGACCUAUCUCUCAAGAAGAACUUGUAGCAGAGGUCAAAGGUAUAUAUGCCAGUCUUGUGAUAGUUGAAGCUAAGUGUAUCGAAGUUGAUAAUAAGCAAGCUACACUUGCGCAGAGCAAUCCUUCUACACAACCGAAACUCAACAAUGAGCAAUAG